CGUGUUUGACAGUUCCUAAUUUUCGUUGAUACUUACCUUUACAAUUAUAUUAAAAACUUUUUUAAUGAAAUGUCCUCACCUGCUCCGAAAUCACCAGAAAUGUCUGAAAAAAGCAAAAAAUAUGAUCGUCAAAUACGGCUGUGGGGCGAAAAUGGUCAAUCAUUAUUGGAACAAGCUCAGAUAUGUGUAAUAAAUGCCACUGCUCUGGGAAGUGAAAUUCUGAAAGGCCUAAUUCUACCCGGUGUUGGUGGAUUUACUAUUGUAGAUGAGAAAACAGUCACUGAGGAAGACGUUGGAUGCAAUUUUUUCCUGGAAUUAAAUUGUGUUGGGCAAUCUAGAGCUCAGGCUUGUGCAAGGGGACUACUCGAACUAAAUCCUGACGUAAGAGGAGAUUAUGUUGAUGAAAGCCCUGAACAGUUGUUAGAAAAAAAUCCAGACUUUUUCAAAAACUUCAAAGUUGUAGUAGCCACAUCUUUAUCAGAAAAAACGACCAUUCAAUUAUCAAAUCAUCUAUGGGAGUUAAAUGUACCAUUAAUAGUCUGUCGAAGUAUUGGUUUUAUGGGUUCAUUGAGAAUUCAAAUCAAAGAGCUUACAGUUGUAGAAUCACAUCCAGACAACAAAUCUUCUGAUUUGCGUCUUGUAGAACCUUUCCCAGCAUUAGAGAAGCAUUUUCAGAGAACAGAAUUAUCCUCAAAAACUCCUUGGAUAGAAAUUCUGUACCAUUACUUACAAAUAUGGCGCAAAUCAAAUGAAGGUCGAAUUCCUAAAACAUAUAAGGAAAAAACAGAAUUGAAGGACUUAAUUAAAGCAGGUAUGACUGCAGAUGAAGAAAAUUACGAAGAGGCCAUACGUGCAGUCAACUCGAAUCUUGGAGGUGGAAAGGCAACAAGUGAUAUUAGAAAAAUAUUAGAUGAUGAUAGCUGUUUAAAUCUAUCUCGAAAUUCAACUCCAUUUUGGGUGAUGGCUCAUGCUGUUAGAAAGUUUGAAUUAAAAGAAGGAAAUGGAUGGUUACCAGUUGAAGGCGUUAUUCCAGAUAUGACUGCUGACACUAAAUCAUACAUCGCAUUGCAACAAGUAUAUAAGAACCAAUUCAAUCAUGACGUUGAAAUUGUAAUGAAAUAUGUGCAAGAUUUGAUUCAAGAAUUAGAUUUACCUUAUGAUUACGUUAGUGAGCAAGAUAUAAAAAUAUUCUGCAGAAAUGCUAAUUCAUUACAUUUGGUGCGUGGCACUAAAAUAUCAGAUGAAUAUGACAAAUCAACUAUAGCAAAUAUUGUUGCAUCAGGACUCGAAAAUCCAAGUAGUUUGAUGGAACACUAUGUGACACUGAGGGCUACUGAGAGAUUUUUAAUGGAAUAUGGUGUGCUUCCUGGAGAAUGUCAGAUGGAACCUGAUGCAGCCCGUCUAAAGUCUUGUGUUUCAAAACUGAUAUCUGAUUGGGGUUGUUCAGCUAUACCUCGAGAAGACUUGUCCCAUGAACUGUGUCGAUAUGGAGGAUCUGAAAUACAUAGUGUUUCUGCAUUUAUAGGAGGAUGUGUUACACAAGAAGUUAUUAAAAUUGUUACAAGGCAGUUUAAACCUUUACAUAAUACUUUUAUAUAUGAUGCUAUAACUUCUUCAACUGAAACAUUAAUAUUAUAA